CUCGCUCUCGCCAGCGUGGAGGCGCGGACGUGGCGGAGGGCGCGUGGCGGAGGGCGCUUGCUCGCUCCCUUAUAAGACGGCGGUGGCAGGGCAGCGGCACUCAGUCCCCUCGGGAGCAGCGAAGUCGACGCCGUCGCUCCCACUCCUUCGACAGGAGCCAGAGAACCUUCGCCAUGGGCAUUCUUCUGUCUCGGAUCCUCAGCCUGAUCCAGAGCUCCCGGUCCUGCAAGAUUCUCAUGAUCGGCCUGGACGCCGCAGGGAAGACCACGAUCCUCUACAAGCUAAAGUUGGGCGAAGUUGUGUCCACGAUUCCCACCAUCGGCUUCAACGUGGAGACCGUCGAGUACAAGAACAUCAGCUUCACGGUGUGGGACGUGGGUGCCCAGGUGAAGCUGCGGCCUCUGUGGAAGCAAUACUACCAGAACACCGCCGCCCUCGUCUACGUGGUGGACAGCAGCGAUAGCGGGAGGCUGCGGGAGGCCAAAGAGGAGCUGGAGGCCAUCCUGGAGAGCGAUGAGAUGGUAUGGGUCCCACUGCUGGUGAUUGCCAACAAGCAGGACCUUCCCGGGGCGCUGUCCGUGCAGCAGGUGAGCGAGGGCCUCGACCUGCAGCGGCAAAACCGGCCCUGGCACGUGCAACCCACGUGCGCGAUCACGUCGGAGGGAGUGUACGAGGCCCUGGAUUGGCUGGCCAGGGAGGUGGCCAAGUGAGGCUGGCCAGGGAGGCCAAGCGAGGGAAGAAGGAAUCGCGGAGGAAGACGUGAACAUCAGGGGUACACGGUACACGGCUGGGCAGCGGAGAAGACACGACAUAAGGAUUCGAACAUUUGAGAAGAUUCGAACACUGGUCAAGUCAAACUUGAAGAGACCUGCAAAGCCACAAAUGAACAUCCGCAUUCAAUGAGGUCAGAAAUGACACAAAUCUUAAAAGGAAAAGUUAAAAACUAAGACUAAGAUACUUUUCUGCAUUCUGCACUCAUCUCCCAGAGCAAUUUGAGAUAUUAGCACUAACUAAUUUCUGUCCCUGUGGUUGUUUGGAUGAAACUUUGAAAUAUGAUCAUAUUUAUCUUCAUAGCAGGAACUGCGGACAUCUUUUGGUGCCGAAUCACGUGACGUUGGCGACCAGAUGAUGCCAAUACUCUGCAUCAUCAUGGCAUAAUUCGGCAAAAUACCCAUUGGUAUUCCAUUGCCUUCUGAGGCUCAGGAAUGAACUAAACGGAGAGCCACGGUUUAUUUUGAACCUUCCAUUUGAUAAUAAUGAUACACACACAUUAUAUAUAUAUAUAUAUAUAUAUAUAUAUAUAUAUAUAUAUAUAUACAUAUAUAUGUGUGUGUGUGUUGUUUUUUCAAAGGCCUCUCCCAAUUCAUUAUUGAGAGGUCAUUUGGCAGUACCCCCAUUACCUGAUUGGAUGUACACACACACACACACACACACACA